CCCUCCACAUUUAUCCCAAACUAAAAUUUCCAUCUUUCCCUCGUUUUCUGCUCUUCACCACUUUCCCCUCAAACCCCCCACUUUCUCUCUCUAAAAACCCUCAGUUUCUCUCUCUACUCCACUCCACAGAUCUCCAUUCCCUCCGAUUUCCCAUCUCCGACCACUCUUUUACUUUCAACCAUCAUGCCCGGCGGCUCUCAAGCUUCCGCCCGUCCUCCGCCGACCGCCGCGGCGUCAGCAUCAUCAUCAUCGUCUACUCCUCCUUCUCAUAAUCCACCGCCUGCGGUGCCGAUCCUUCCUCCGCUGAGACGACACCUUGCUUUUGCAACAAUGAAACCGCCGUUUGUUCCUCCAAAUGAUUAUCACCGCUUCACUCCGGCGUCAAGUAGUGGUAAUAAUUAUAAUAGUAACGGAAUCGCCGAUCGUGAAGCGGAAGGGAUUGUUGUUAGGUCUCCUCCAUUAUUAAAAAGAAAGAAUGGCUCCGAUGAGAAUGGUUUCGAGUCUAGCAGUGCUAUAUGCAAUGAUGUAUCAAAUAGCCCAUUUCGAACACCUGUUUCUGCAAAAGGGGGAAGGGCGUACAAUAGAUCAAAGGCUUCUAAGGGCCAUAGAUCAGGGCCUCAGACACCUGUGUCAAACCUUGAUUGUCCGUCUCCUCUUACAGCAGCAGGCAAUUGCCGUUAUGAUAGUUCUUUAGGUCUUUUAACAAAGAAGUUUGUCAACUUGAUUAAACAUGCUGAAGACGGUAUUCUCGAUCUAAACAAGGCUGCCGAAACUUUGGAGGUGCAGAAGAGACGAAUAUAUGACAUAACGAAUGUCCUGGAAGGAAUUGGUCUCAUUGAGAAGACGCUCAAGAACCGGAUACGUUGGAAGGGAGUUGAUGCUUCAAGGCCAGGGGAGCCAGAUGGUGACGCCUCUUCGUUACAGGAAGAAAUUGAAAAGCUUACCAUGGAAGAGCGCAGGCUAGAUGAUCAAACAAGAGAAAUGCAGGAAAGAUUGAGAGACUUGAGUGAAGAUGAAAACAGUCAAAAGUGGCUUUUUGUGACUGAAGAAGAUAUUAAGACCCUGCCUUGUUUUCAGAAUCAAACCCUAAUAGCAAUUAAAGCCCCCCAUGGCACUACACUUGAAGUCCCAGAUCCUGAUGAAGCCGUUGACUAUCCGCAGAGGAGAUACAGGAUAAUACUUAGAAGUUCAAUGGGUCCCAUUGAUGUUUACCUAGUGAGUCAAUUUGAGGAGAAUUUUGAGGAGGCCAAUGGUGAGGCGUCCACUAGUGUCCCACGCGCUCCUACUUCUCGCUCAAAUGAAAUCCCAGCAAAAGAGAUGAUGAUCAAUGAGAAUAGACUUCAGAAGAGAGUUGAACCUCAGAUGCAACAAGUUCACAGUCCAUUCUUUGAUCUGGAUGCUUCACAAGAGCUGGCUGGGGGAAUGAUGAAGAUUGUUCCUUCUGAUGUUGAUAAUGAUGCAGAUUAUUGGCUUCUUUCAGAUGCUGACGUUAGCAUUACAGACAUGUGGAGGACGGAUUCAAAUGUUGAAUGGAAUGAUGUGAAUAUGCUCCGGGAUGACUUUGGAAUAUCUGACGUGCAAACUCCCAGGGCACAAACCCCAUCAUCAGGAAUAGCUGAUGUGGCAUCCGUUCAAAACUCUACCAGAACAAAAUUAGCUUUGGAGGUGGCUAGAUCAGAUGAGUACAAAAUUUUCAAAUUCUGUCGAAUUAUAUUGUGGAGGUGGAUUUGGGGUGGUUGAUUCACGUUUGAUAAGUCAUUCUCAUUACAUGGACCCUUGUUUGAGUUUUUAGAUGCAUAAACUUAUCCACUCCUAAAGAAUGCUUUAUUGAUGCCUUUAGCUUUCUUUUGCCACCUUUAUUUUCUGAUUUCACAUCCAGUUAACAAAUUAUAGUUUUUUUAGUGUAUAUUUGUUUUAUUUUAUUUUAGGCUCUAAUGUUUUGCUGAGGUCAAACAAGAAUCAAUAAAAAGAAGGUUCAAUAAGAAUUCAAUAAUAUAUAACUUUUUUGACCUUUUCUA